ACUUAAUGGUUUAACUGGUUUAUCUGGGAUGUGCCUGGCCAAGGGCUCCUGAGGGGAAGGCACGAGGUUAAAAAAAGGGAUGAAGCAACGCUGGGGACACAGGGUCUGAGCUGGGUGAGAGGAAAAGGAUUGGUAGGCAGGAUGUGAUGCCCACUUCCAGGGGGAGAACUCCAGCUGCUGCUGCUCAUUGUGCAUGGAGUAAAGCCAGGCUGAGGGGAAGCUGAGGUGCCUGCUCGUGUCCGUUGCUUCUGCUUUUCUCUUCUGCAAGUGGCUGACCCCACAGGAAGCCCUGAUCUGGCUGGACUUGUGCCAUGCCUUGGGGCUUUGGCGCUUCCCAGAAAAGGUGCUGGGCUUCUAUUUUAUGGAAAAGUUGGCACGAUGGCUAGUUGACUGUUGGAUCACAGAGGAUCCUCUCAGUGCAGCCCUCACGUGUGUGAGCAAGGAUUCCUGGUAACCCAGUAGGUGGAUCUGUCCCAUGUCUCUUUUUGGGUGUGUAAAGACUUGCUGUGACAGACGGGUGUUGCAGAACACUCACUUGGGAUUUUGAGGGAGCUGGGCUUGUUCUGGAGCUUUUGCACAUUUUCUGUGGUGUACAAGAAUAAUAACAACUGUCCUGUGCAAAGCUCUGGCUCUGCUUGGAAGGAAAUGCACCUCGAAAACAAAUUCCUUUCUACUUGUGGUGGUUUGCUAAGGGUGAAGGGAGCAUUUACACAGACUGCGCUUCCCAGAGGAGCAUUCAGACCGGGAGAGGUGGGAAUGUCACGGCAGGGGGAGGGGUCAUGGAAAACGCUUGUUGCCCAGGGUGGGGCAGCAGGGCUCCCUGGAGCCAUCACAGCCCAGACUGCAAUGCCAGCGGUGCUCCGGAGAGCAGCCAAGCACAGUGCUGGCCCUGGUGGGGUUCUUCCUGCAGUGGAAGAUGGUCCGGGAGGGCGGAAAAAGCUUUGGCUUCUUCAGAGACCACAGCGGAGCAGUACAGCCUGCUGUGAGAGCCCGAGGUGGGUUGAGUCACUGACCAUGUCCUGGCUUCCUCCUCUGGAUCACAAGGAGCCACCAAAGCACCUACCGCUGCUUUGGCUUCACCACUAACAUCAUGGCUGGGUACAUCACACCGACAGGUAAACCUCAUCUCAAUUAGGAGACGAGUGGAGGCAACUGCAGAGCUGGAGAGGCUGUAGGAGCACAAGACAGCCACAUCUCCAGAGGAAAAAUAUAAUCUUCCCACACUGGGGAAGUCUGCCUGGAUUGCAUCUGUGGGCUUCUUGUGCUUUUUCUUAGGAAAUAUUCUGAUGACUUAUUUAAAAAUCCCCUCUCCAUGGGAGAACGACAUGUGCUGGUCCUGGAAGCUGGCUGCUGUGAGUCACAUCUGAACUCCAGGACCUUUCUCUGUUAUGGCAGGCACCCCUGGUGUCCGGCUCUGGGGCUCCGAUGGUUUCUGGGGUGUAAUGGUGCUGCUGCUGGCUCUUCAGCAGAAGUUCCCAGGAGAUGGAGCUGCUGAGGUAUAUCUUGUCAUAUUUAAAGCAUGAAAUAAAGCAUAGAAGAGGUUUACAAAAUACAAGCAAUUUUCCUGCAAGCAAACUCCAUUACUUCUUAGGUUGCUCAGAGCAGUGGUGGCUGCCCCAUCCCUGGAGAGGUUCAAGGCCAGGUUGGAUGGAGCUUGGAGCCCGUGAUGCAGGGGGUGGGACUGGGUGGGCUUUUAGAUCCCCUCCAACCCAAAGCAUUCCGUGAUUCUAAGCAAACUGUUUCCUGAGUCAACCAAAUAUGAGUGCAUCUAGAACAGCUUUCGAGCAGGACAACGUAGAAAAACUGUUUUGAAGACCAGCUUCUUCAAUGUUACAUUUCUUUGGACUUUUUGAAGCUUCACCAGUUCCUGCAUUGCAGGGAUAGGGUGCAAGAGGAGGAGGAAAUCUUUCAGGACACACUGCUGAAAAGUGGAACUGUGUGAAAGAAGACAUUGCUGUGCAUCCAGUGCUGGCUCUGCCACCACAGCGCCGGCUCUGUGGAAACGAGUUAAGUGAUCUGCUCCCUCUGCAGCAAGCAAAGCCCUGCAAGCUGGGCAAAAGCAAAUUUCCACAGCAUGUUUGUGCCAAAAUGUUGUUGCAGUGCGUGUGAGACACAAGGUGCAGAGCCCAGGCCAGCGCGGUUGCUCCACAGGCGGCUCCGGUUCAGCUCAGCUGAACCAGGCUCUCCGGUGCCAUAGUCGAACACAUUUCCCUGCCUUUUUCUCCUUUAAUUUGACAGUGCAACCAAGCAAGUUCUUCAGUUUAUGUAAAACCUUGAUGUAAAACAAGUAAGAAUCCAAGGCUGGGGUUUCUGCUUCACUUUUCGGCAGUGCUGACACCUGAAAUCCUUCCCUGGCAACACUGAAGCCCCGGCCGAGGGUCUCAGGACAGGGGGUCCCAGUCCCUGCGGGGCUUACAAAGCUGUGGACGUGGCACCCAGGGACAGGGUUCGGAGGGGCCGGGGUGUGGGCUGGGUGAGCUGAGAGGGCUUUUCCAGCCCCAGCGGCUCACACCGCGCUGCUCACGGCUCUGAGCCCAGCCUAUGCCUAGGACACCGCCUCGGGGGCCCCACGGCCCCUCAGACCCCCGGUCCCGCCCAGGUCCCGCCCCUGUCCUGCCGCCCCACGGUCUCCCGUCCCCGCGAUGUUCCAUGGCCGCCGCGCCUGGUUUUCAGAGAGCGUCAGCCCCGGCCCGCGGGAGCUCUGGGCAGCCGGCGGCGGGGUGCUGGCCCACCAGCAUGAUGCUGAGUUCCUCUUCAGCAGCGAUGCCACGCACCCGGACACCCGCAGAAUUCAUGAGAGUCAGGAUUACCUGGAGGGCAGAGCUACAGUCUUCCACUCCCAAUACCUCUGUGCGUGGGCGAGCUCUGGCACGGCAGUGAAGGCGUCAGUGGCUUUGGGUCACUUCAUCCUGCCACCCACCUGUCUGCAAGAAGAAAUCAGAGGGAAGAUCGGCUGUUUCAUUUGGGAGCAGAUGGAUGAUUCUCUUGCAGAGCAGCCCAAUGGAAAUCUGCUGGAUGGACUGGAGGCAGCGGGAAGAAGCUGGGAGGAAGAAGCAGAUGAGGACACAGUAGAUCUGGCCGAGAGUUUUUUUUCCCCCACUGAAUACACCAGCGAAGAUGAAACAGGCUCCGGAGCACCUGCCCAGCAGGAAUUUCCAUAUCAUGCCCUGCAGGAAUAUCCGGUGAACAACAUGGUGACAGGCUAUGCCUCUGCUCGUGACAUGAAGAAAUACAUCGGAGAGCUCCAUGAUUUCAUUCCUGGUACCUCAGGCUAUGCAGUGCAUUGGAUUCACAGUGAAAUCAACCUUUACUCUGAUGGGAAGACCAAAAUGAAGAGAAAAUUCUGAGUAACAGGGCUGCUUGCAUCAGAGCUGCCAGAGUUCUUGGUUGUGUUUGGUAAUUCAGUCCCACAGUUAAGAUGCUGGGGUGCCUCCUCCCUCGCGCUCCAAUGGUUAUUUUAACCCUCCCAUGUUUUAGUUAAAUGGUGUGGAGAUUUGUGGCAUCAAGCUGCACGUUCCAAGUUAAAUCUCAGCGGUAUGCAGGGGAUUGAUAAAUUAUCCCUGCUUGGCUUAUCCUGGCUGCCACUCCAUGUGUUCCAUGUACACUUACAUACCUGACUAUUCCUGCUGUGAGCAUUUUCUUCAAGGAACUAAAAGAAAUUCCACAGCAAAAUUAAAUGUAGAUGUUUCCCU